UGCACUCUACCCUCACCAUCGCGCACAAACCCACCUCACCCUCUGCACCUCGAGCACUCGACAACGCGUCAAGAUGCUCGUGCUCAAGCUCUUAUUCCAGAGCGUCAUUGUUCUCUUCCUCGGCGCCGUCAAUAUGGAGAUAUUCGCACCCGAUUUCUCCAGCAGGCUAUACAAGACUACGCUCCAAAAAGCGGACACGGUUAGAAAGCUACUUUCUGGUUCAUUCAGCCCGGCCCCGACUGCGAACGCCACCCCCAUUGUGAACGCCACCUCGACUAUGAACCCCACCCCGACUAUGAACGCCACCCCCACCUGGCCUCUCUUCCCGGAGGUCACUACCUCGGCAACGGCCUACGACCAACGUGUUUGUCCUGCUCCACUUGCGGGCCUACAACCGUCUCUUGGUUCGGAACUGUACAAUGCCACCAUCGAGCCCACCGAGGAAGUGCGCCACAUGUGGCAUUCAACCCCAGCAACCCAGGUCCAGUCCCUCAACACGGAGACCGUGACUACAGUCCUCUGCAUCAUUGGCUUCACGUUGGUCAUCAUCGUUGCUUUCGCGUUCUUCAAAUUCGCGCGGACGUCAAUUGACGUUCCCGCGCAAUACCUAAGGCAGUCGCAUUCCGUUUGUGAUGAUCUGGUCGAUCCUGAAGCGAGACCUAGCUCAUAUCUGCUCAAGUCUCCAGGGCCCGAGUUCCAACUUGCAUACAAGGUCAAUUCCACCCCGUUUACGUCUACCGCGAUUCCACCGAACACCCGGACACCACCCAUUGCGACCUCUGCACACACGAGUCCACUCGAUCCUUCUGGCAACCUCGAGGCGGACCGUACAAAGAGCAAAUUCCUCCCCGACAACGUGAUAGGCUUACUCAUACCUUGUCACGAAUCCGCGGGUACGCGUCCAUCCCGCGCAAGCAGCCCCACGACGACCCAUGAAUCUCUGAUGCACUCGCUCAUUCCCUCGUCAACCACUGGCAAGGAACAUGAUGACUCUAACGCGUCCAGCCCAGACGAGAUCGCUACUACGUCAAGCACUGCUGAUAUGGUUGACGAGGACUCGGAGGACGAAUUCCAUUACCCGGAAGCAGAGCCUGAGGAGGACGAAUUCCAUUACCCGGGAGCAGAGAAAGAGGACCCGGCCAACGCAACGCGUGAUGAUCUCAUUGGCAACCCGAUUGCGGAAGUGCGCCGACUCUCGGAAGCCAUCCUGCAGGCCGGACGUUCUGGGGCUCUGCUGACAUCUGGAUCGUUGGACCCAUCAGCUCCUGCGUCUGACUCUACACGGGGAUGCUCAAUGGUGCCGUCCAAUCUGACGCCGGUGUUCGGACAAGCUUCAUCGGCUUCGUGCACUAGCGUGCCUCCUCCCAUCGACCCCAAGCAAACCCUCUCCACGCAAUCCGAACUCUCUGGAGAACCCUCUCGUGAGCGUCACCACGAGUACGGCCUGGCGACCAGUCGAAGGGAACCUGAGGAGGCCGGAGUCACGAGCACUUCCAGUGUCAACGACGCUAUCACGCGGGGUCCCUCGAGGGGUGCUAUGCCCGGUUCCGGGAGACAAUCGCACCUAGAGGACAGGCAACAACUCGACUCGGUUGCAGGCAUUCACCCGCACGCUCCCGCACGGUCGUACGCUGAGCCCCGCAGAUCGGCUUCGAUGCCCCCAAGAGAAGAUGGCUCGAACGGAAACGUUCAGGCCCCCGCCCGUACGCCUGCUGUGUCCAACAUUUCUCUCGCAGUGCCCGAGUCGCGAGGAGACGGAUUGAACCGAAGCGACGACGCUCCUGCACGUCCGCAUCUUGACUCCGACAACUCUCCCUUGAUGUCGACCAGUUCUCCUUCGAAGGCCUCCGGGAGACUUGGCCUGAAUGCGAGCAUCCAUGCUCACACUCCCGCACCUACGUCUCAGGCAGUCGACUCCAUCGGUGUUCCCUCAUCACCCUCCAGAGGACCCGGCUCAGUAGGCAAAAGCAUCCAGAUCCCUGCAUCUGCGCCCCUCGACCCGACCCCGACCCCGUCAACAGAUCGCGGCUUGGACAAGAGCAUCCAUGCUUGCACGAGUGCACCUAGUGACUAUCGCAGUUCCGAGUCGCCUUUAACGCCCUCAAGAGGUCGCGGCCUGAGCGCGAGCAUCUACGCUUCCCCACGUUCAGUUGCUGACUCGCCAAGUUCUCCCUCGGUGCCCCCAAGAGGACUCGACUCCAGCGAAAACACCCAGGCUCCUGCUAGUUCGUCUUCCGAUACCGACCUGAGUUCGUUCGCCAGGGCCUUCAAAGCGAUGCCAUUGAGACACAACAAAAGCAUUAACGCUUCCACAAGUGCACCCAGUGACUCUAGCAGUUCGCCUUCAACGCCCUCAAGACUCAGAGGUCUCGGCUUGAGCGCGAGCAUCCACACUCCCGCACCAUCAGCAUCCGCUGAUGCCCACGGCUCUCCCUCGACGUCGAGCGGCCUCGACUCGAGCGAAAGGAUCGGCGCUCCUACAGGUCCCCUCGGAUUUGAUCUCAACUCCGGUUCUCCCUCGACGCCAUCAGGGGCGUGGGCGAGCAUCUACGCACAUGCUCCUACAAGUCCGGUGCCAACCAACUCCGACGCCCGGCUCUCUUCAACGUCGUCAAGAGGACAAGGCUCGUCUCCCCGGACUCAUAGAGGCACCAGGUGCUGGCAGAGCCAUGCAUAAUCCCUG